CUCACCGUUCACAAAUAACAAGUACGACUAGUUUAUUUAAUACGGAGUAUGUUGCUACAUAUGUUGAAUUGUAUCAUCUCGUUUCUUCCUAGUUCUUACACUAGCCCAUUCUUUUUCAUCUUGUUUCUUGUCUACAUACACCCAUACUGUUCUUACAAUUAUAAUAUACUCAUUCUCCUCUAGGCCGUAAUACAUACUUCCAUUUCAUGCAUACUUGCUAAAAAUUUAUAGGAACCAUUAUUGUGUUUCAAAAACACUCCGCUCAUAUCAUUUUCUCCUCUUUUAUUAGUUGUCCAGAAUAUUUUUAAAGAAUAAUUAAGUGAUAAUUAUGUAUGGUGCUUUUAUUUUAUCAGAAUUGAUCGAAGAAAUCAUUCAUGCAAAGGUAUGUUAUCUAUAUAUAUUAUUUAAUACGAAGUAUAUAUGUAUAUGAUAGAAGAUAUUAUUUAAAAUUCAGAAUAAUUUUCUGGUUUGAGUACUAAAAGAAGAUAAUAGAUAUUAUUGUUAAUACCUGCAGGAGAUGAUGAUUUCUUGAAGUUUUUUAGCAAAUUCGUGCUGAUAACGUGUUGUGAAAUGAAGAAGAUCAAUACUAACUUUAUGAGAUAGAUAUAAAGAUGAAAACUAUGGAUAUUUUCCUCUUCUUAAUAUAAAGAUUUCUGAGUUUUUGAAUUACAUUACAAAGGUUUGAUCAAGCAAUAUUUAUACUAGCUGGGUUUGAUGAUGAAUCAUCAAAGACUACUUCUACAUAUUUUGCUGGCACUAUUAAACCUAGUCAUCUGUCUAUCUAUGAUUACAAGGAUGGAAAAUGGAUUAGUGUCCUGAUGACAAGGAUGAACAAUUCACACUUGUCAUUCUCAGGAUUUUAUAACAAAAACGACAUUUUUUAAUUCUCAUAGGUAAAUGAUUUUACCAAAAACGUGAAACUCUAUCCACAUUCCUAUACUAAAGUCUUGGCAGGUAUUGAGACAUUAAAUAGUUAGAUAUCGUAUAUACAUUAUUUGUACAUUAAACUGAUACAAAAAUGAUAUGAUUUGAAAUUAUUUUUUUAGAAAUUGCUCUAAAUAAGAUUGAAAUUUUGACAAAAUGUACAAAUAGGAUUGUUUGUAUUUUAUUCUUAAUAUAUGAUUUAUUUGAUCUUAUUAAAAUAUAAAUAUUUCUGGUGAAUAAGUCUCAUGUUUUAAGAAGAAAAUAAUAAUAGUCUUAUUUGACUUUAUCUGUGUUUCAGUCCUAUUUAAAGAACUUUCUUUAGUUUUCUCUGGAUCACCUAUCGAGUGAUAUAAAUCAGGGGUGGGAAAACAGGUAUAGAACCGUAGGUUGGGCCGGGUAAUACAUGUUAGGGCUGGGUUAGAGUCGGGUCCUGAUUUUAGAAAACCCAAACGGUUCGGGGCGGGGCGGGUCUUUAAAAACUUAGGAACCGCAUGAGUCUUAAAAUUUGAAAAAACAGGUACCUAGACUGAACUGUUUUAUAAGUAAGAGAAAAGGUGUUUUUGAAGAUACAACCCUAUAAGUUGCAAAGUCUGGCAAAAAGGAUUAAUCUGAAGUUGCGUCCAAGAUAUUAUGGUCCUUUUGAGAUCAUAGAGAAGCUCAAUUUAAUGGCAUUUAGGCUAAAACUAGCUGAGGGUGAUCCUGCAUUUCACAUUUCUUUACUAAGGAAAGGUUUAUCCCCUAAUACUCCAUGUGAGACUCUUCCCAAGUGCCUAAAUGAAAAAUGGGAGCUCCCGGUGAAGCCAGAAAAGGUGGUAGGUUCAAGGAUAAAUGCUGAGGAAAAACAGAAGUGUUGAUACAUUGGAAAGACUUAUUAGAAUUUGAAGAUUUGUGGGAAGCAUUACACAUGAUUCAGGAGCAGUUUCCAUGUUUCCAUCUUGGGAUAAGGUGGAUUUUCAGGGGGGGUAUUGAUAGGCAUGCGGAUGAAUUGUAUAAGAAUAAACAUACUAUUAAAUAUUUUAACAGUAUACUGCAGGAGAGGGAAGGAAUAAAACAGUUGAUUAGUUAACUGUUGAGAUUUGAUAUGAUUUCCUUCCUGAUUUUAGUAUUUACUGUACAGAUUGUAUCAAAUCAGGAAUUAAUUACUGAUUGAUGUGCAUAUGAUUCUUUCCUUGUAAUUAUUUGCCUUAUAAAUAAAGACUUGCUGAGAGUAGUUUCUCUUAAGCAAUUUCAUUCAAAUCAGUAAAUUCAAGUUGGUAUCAAAGCCUGAUCCUCACUUUCCCUAGUUGUCCCUGCAGCCAACCUUCAUCGAGACUGGUCUGCCGGCACUAGGAAUAGAAGUCCUAGUCAUUCCAGAUUGUUCCCAAGUCAGUAUACGUCAUGUCUCCUACAAGCAGCACGACUCCUGACUCUUCCAGGAGUCUUGUGUCCUUUGUCUUUUCUGGGAAUCCCCAAAUAACUUCUGAAAAACUUAACGGCAGAAACUACAUGGAUUGGCAAGUUUCUGUUGAAAUGUGGUUCUUAGGCCAAGGUUUGUCCGAACAUUUGACCAAAAGAGCCGAUGAGAUAACUGCAUCUGAAAGGGAAAAAUGGACUCAAGCCGACCAUCAAUUGGUUGCUAUUUUGUGGCAGUCCAUUGAUCCCAAACUGUUGAUCCACUUCCGCACAUACAAGACGUGUUAUGACAUAUGGAAGAAAGCUCGAAGUGUGUUUGCGAAUGAUGUCCAACGGAUUUAUGACGUUGUUCAUAGCCUUGCAACACUCCAAAUGUCCGACCAUGACCUUCCAUCAUAUGUGAAUAAGGCACAAUUCAUUGUUGAAGAGGUUAAGGUGAUGUUGAGCGAAACUGAUCUCCCUAAAGUGUUUGAUAAAAUUGAUAAAAUGUGUAUGGUGUUUGUUCUCCAUAGACUUCAUAGGGAUUUUGAUUCCGUGCGGAACCAGAUCCUAACGAAUCCAAACAUUCCCACUGCUGAAGACCUUAUCGGUCGACUGUUGAGAGUUCCUGCACCAAGUGGAAUUGAAAGUGUUGGUCCUCACGUUGAUUCAGAGUUCUCUGCUCUUGUCUCUCGUUCUAGCUAUGGCGGUCGUGGUCGUGGUCGUGAUAGAGGAGGACGUGGCACUGGUGGUCGACCUAAGUGUAGUCAUUGUCAGCGCAUGGGUCAUACCAAAGAUAAAUGUUAUGAAAUUAUUGGUUGGCCUGACAAGUUUGUUAAUGUAAUGCACUCCGAACCAGUGAAACCUGGGGCAGCAACUAAAAGUGCCCAGAAUGUUCUAUCAGAUGAUGAAUAUAAAGAGUAUCUACAACUUAAGGCAGCUCAGCAUUCCUCAGCAGCAAUCAACUUUACCGGUAACUCUACAGCUUGUCUUUCUCAAUCAGGACCCGCCAAAUCUUGGAUCAUAGAUUCUGGUGCCUCUGAUCACAUUGCCGGUAAUCCUUCUCUUUUCUCAAAGUUAUCUCAACCUAAAUCAGCGCACCAUGUCACCCUUGCUGAUGGUUCAAAAGUUAAAGCCAUUGGCGUUGGACAGGCCACACUUCAUCCUUCUUUGUCUCUUAAUUCUGUUCUUCUUAUCCCUGGUUGUCCUUUCAACUUGGUUUCUGUCAGUUAACUUACACGUCGUCAUAAUUGUGCUGUCACCUUUAUUGAUGACUCUUUUUCUAUACAGGACCGGAGUACGGGGCAGAUGAUUGGAGCAGGAUUUGAAUCUCAGGGUCUAUACUACUUUCAGACUUCCUCUUCAGUUGCUUGCACUGCUAUGGAGUCUCCUUCUUUGCUUCACCAACGUUUAGGUCAUCCUAGUCUCAAUAAACUGAGGAAAAUGGUACCUCAAGUUUCCAAUUUACAGUCCUUAGCCUGUGAGUCAUGUCAAAUUGGUAAACAUGUUAGAACCACUUUCCCAAAAAGUCAUAGUCAUGCAGAAUCUCCCUUCUAUCUUGUUCACUCAGAUGUUUGGGGUCCAAGUCGUGUCAGUUCUGUUUUAGGAUUUCGGUACUUUGUUAUCUUUGUUGAUGAUUUUUCAAGAUGUACGUGGCUUUAUUUAAUGAAAGAACGUUCAGAGUUAUUUGGCAUUUUCAAAAGUUUCUGCAAUGAAAUAAAAAAUCAGUUUGAUCAUACCAUUCGUGUUCUACGUAGUGAUAAUGCCAAGGAAUAUUUCUCAACAAAUUUCAAUGAAUAUAUGGCUACUCAAGGGAUAAUUCAUCAAUCCACAUGUCCCCACACGCCUCAACAAAAUGGGAUUGCCGAAAGAAAACAUCGUCAUAUCAUUGAAACAGCACGCACACUACUGGUUCAUGCCAAUGCCCCACUAAAAUUCUGGGGAGAUGCUGUUCUCACAGCUAUUCAUUUAAUCAAUCGAAUGCCAUCUUCUACAUUGGAUAACAAAGUACCACACUCUAUCUUGUUCCCAAAGGACCCCAUUUUCCUUGUUCCUCCCAAAGUCUUUGGUUGUACUUGUUUCGUACAGGAUCUUUCCCCUAGUCUUGACAAAUUAUCUCCACGAGCAAUCAAGUGCAUAUUCCUUGGCUACUCUAGAGUCCAAAAAGGGUACCGUUGUUAUUCACCUUCUACUCAUCGUUUCUAUACUUCUGCAGAUGUCAGUUUCUUUGAGGAUCAACCGUAUUUCACUCCACAAGUGGAAGUUGAAUCUGUCUCUCAGGUCUUACCCAUUCCUCAUCUUACUCCAUUGUCACCUCUCAGUCCUCCAUUGUCCUCUGCCAAACCACUCAUUACUUAUCAGCGUCGACCGCGGUCUGCACCUAAUGAGGAUGUCCCUAAUAGUGACCCUGCUGAUUCACCUCCAGCUCCAGCUCCUUUACCUACUCCGGACCAACAUGAGGCACCUGCUCAACCUGAUCUUCCAAUUGCAACCGGAAAAGGUAUACGUUCCACUCGGAACCCGCAUCCUAUUUAUAAUUGUCUAAGUUAUCAUCGUCUAUCUCCUUCCCAUUAUGCUUUUGUGUCUUCCAUCUCUUCUGUUUCCAUUCCUAAAACUGUCCAGGAAGCUCUUGCCCACCCAGGAUGGCGCCGAGCUAUGCUUGAUGAGAUGGCUGCGCUUGAAAUCAAUCGUACUUGGUCUCUUGUUCCCCUGCCCCAUGGUAAAUCUAUUGUUGGUUGCCGAUGGGUGUUUACAAUCAAAGUUGGUCCUGAUGGACAAGUUGACCGGCUGAAAGCACGUUUGGUUGCUAAGGGGUUUACUCAAGUGUUUGGCUUGGAUUAUGGUGACACUUUUUCUCCGGUUGCAAAGAUGGCUUCUGUACGUUUGUUCUUAUCUAUGGCAGCUAUGCGCAGCUGGCCCUUACAUCAGUUGGACAUAAAAAAUGCAUUUCUUCAUGGUAAUUUAAAAGAAGAAGUUUACAUGGAGCAACCACCUGGGUUUGUUGCUCAGGGGGAGUGUAGAUAUGUGUGUCGGUUGCAUAAGGCCUUGUAUGGUCUUAAACAGUCCCCACGAGCGUGGUUUGGCAGAUUCAGUACGGCUCUCAAACAGUUUGGGAUGAUUCAAUGCAAAGCAGACCACACCGUGUUUUAUAAAAGAUCUUUAUCUAAUCAAUCUACUUACCUUGUUGUUUAUGUUGAUGAUAUUGUAAUAACAGGGGAUUAUCAUGAUGGCAUACAGAAUCUUAAACUAUACUUGUCCCAGCAAUUUCAAACAAAAGAUUUGGGACGACUUCGUUACUUUCUUGGAAUUGAGGUAGCUCAAUCCAAAACAGGCAUUGCCAUAUCUCAAAGAAAAUAUGCUCUUGAUAUUUUGAAGGAAACCGGGAUGACAGAUUGUAAGCCGAUCGAUACUCCAAUUGAUCCAAAUGUUCGACUUUUUCCAGAUCAGGGAGAGCCUAUCUCUAAUCCUGAAAGAUAUCGACGACUUGUGGGGAAGUUAAAUUAUCUCACUAUGACCAGACCAGACAUCUCCUUUGCCGUGAGCGUGGUGAGUCAGUUCCUCAAUACGCCAUGUGAUAGUCAUUGGGAUGCAGUUGUUCGAAUCCUAAGAUACAUCAAAGGUUCACCUGGAAGAGGACUGGUUUAUGCGAACCGGGGUUGUGACAAUAUUACUGCAUAUUCAGAUGCGGAUUGGGCCGGCUGUCCAAAUGACAGGAGAUCAACUUCAGGGUACUGUGUUCUCAUUGGUGGAAACCUAAUCUCUUGGAAGAGCAAGAAACAGAGUGUUGUCGCUAGAUCAAGUGCCGAAGCAGAGUAUCGAGCCAUGGCUCUCACUACUUGCGAACUUAUAUGGCUGAAACAGUUAUUGUCCGAGUUAAAGUUUUGCAAACUGAAACCUAUGAAACUGAUCUGUGAUAAUCAGGCAGCUUUAUACAUCGCUUCUAACCCUGUUUUUCAUGAACGAACAAAACAUAUAGAAAUCGAUUGCCAUUUUAUUCGUGAAAAAGUCAUUUCUGGAGAAAUCUUCACAUCCUUUGUCAAAUCAAAUGAUCAGUUAGCUGAUUUUCUCACUAAGUCACUUCGAGGUCCGAGGAUAAGAUAUAUUUGUGACAAGCUUGAUGCAUAUGAUAUCUACGCACCAGCUUGAGGGGGAGUGUUGAGAUUUGAUAUGAUUUCCUUCCUGAUUUUAGUAUUUACUGUACAGAUUGUAUCAAAUCAGGAAUUAAUUACUGAUUGAUGUGCAUAUGAUUCUUUCCUUGUAAUUAUUUGCCUUAUAAAUAAAGACUUGCUGAGAGUAGUUUCUCUUAAGCAAUUUCAUUCAAA